UAAUUUGGAAGUAUAAUCACCCUCCAUCAAACUCAAUGUAAGUCGUGCAAUUGGGGAAAUUUAUAAUCAAAUGGUCAGGUUUGGUUCCCAAAAUCUGAAUCCAAUGGUGGGAAAUCGCGACCACCGCCCGCAACAGCCUCUGUUUGGUGGGGGGAGAUCGUCUUCGUCGACGUCCUUAGCGCCUCCAACUUCAUGGGCGUCCACAACCUCCGUUUCUGCUUCAGGGAAGAGAAUUCAAAGAGAAAUGACUGAGUUUAACUUGGACCCACCUUCCGAUUGCUCCGCCGGGCCAAAGGGCGACAAUCUUUACCACUGGUUCGCUACCAUCUUUGGCCCUCCUGGAACACCAUAUGAAGGUGGCAUAUUUUUCCUGGACAUAAUUUUUCCAAGUGAUUAUCCAUUCAAUCCUCCAAAGGUUGUAUUUAAAACCCGAAUCUACCACUGCAAUGUCGAUUCCUCCGGUAACGUAAGUUUGGACAUUUUGAAGGAUAGCUGGAGUCCUGCGUUAACAAUUGCAAAGGUGUUAAUUGCAGUGAAAUCAAUUUUUACAAACCCCAACCCUUAUGAUCCAAAUGCACCUGGUGUUGCUCACUUGUACUUGGCAGACAGAGCUAAACACGACGAGAUAGCUGCUGAGUGGACGCUACGUUUUGCAAAGUGAAUGGAACCUCAAACAAGCAACAGUGAUGGAUAUGAUUUUGGCAAGGAGUUAUGAAGAACAGUGGAAAGCAAAUGUAGAGACGAGGACAUGGAAUGGAAUACUACAACUGUGGAUAUUAUGAAUGAUUUGUAGUAGCCCCUUUGGAAUUUAGGUGUCUGUCAUAUGCGUAUGUAAUAUAGUGUUCUCUUGUGAUGAUUCGGAAGGAUUCUAUAGCUAUCAAGUUUUGUAUUUAUGACUAAGUUGAGAUUUGAAUACCAAAAAACUGAUAUCUUCAUUGGUCA